CCAGCGGGCCUGGCCGGCGACUGGAUUAGAUGGAGCUCGGCGCGGCUGGCGGCAGCAUCCUCCUGCCGGCUGGGCUCGAGCUGGCUGCUGAGUCGCCUGCCCGGGCUGGCCAUGCAAGACUGAGCGCUAAUCGCCUGCACGGGAGCGCUCCGCGAGCCUGCUAAUUAAGUACACGCGCGUGCCAGGCUGCUAAUUGCAGGCACAGGACCGCCGUGCAACGCUGCUAAUUAACGGUGCGUUCACGACUGCCACAUUGCAGGCUGUCCGCUGCCCUGCCAGGCUGCUGGGGAACGGCCUCCCUGCCAGGCUGCACAUUAGCUGCAGGGUUGCUAAAUAGCUGCAUGCAGGGAUUUGCACUGGCAGCCCCGUUGCUUUAACUGCCUGGCUGCAUUCUAGCCCCCGUGUUGGCCCAUCUCUCUCCCUGCCUCCCUCAGCAUGGGCACCGUGCUGUCCCUCUCGCCGGGCUCCCGGAAGGCCAGCCUGUACGAGGAGGGCUCCUCCGGCUCGCUGGCACACUACCCCGGCGUGCCGAGCGCCAAGGGCAGUGGGCAGAAGGCGGACAAGAACCUCAAGCGCCACUCCAUGUUCAUCCCGGCCUUGACCUGGAAGCGGCUGGUGGCCUCCACCAAGAAGAAAGGCUCCCGGGGCGGGGCGAAGGGGCCCGCCCACAAUAACAACAACAAUCACCCCCACGCCAAGGACGUGGCCCUCCUCAACCACGAGAAUGUCAAGAAGUCGCUGUCCUGUGCCAACCUUGCCAGCUAUGAUGGAGGCGGGCCGCCCCUGGCACCACUCAGCGCCAAGCGCAUCUCCACCACCUCCGUCUCCUCCCUCAAGCCAGACACCUGCCUGGGCGGGAGCAGCUCAGCCUCCCCGCGGCGUGUGGUCGUCCAAGCCUCCACCAGCGAGCUGCUCAAGUGCCUGGGUGAAUUCCUCUGCCGCCGGUGUUACCGCCUCAAGCACCUGUCGCCCACGGAGCCCAUCCUGUGGCUGCGCAGCGUGGACCGCUCGCUGCUGCUGCAGGGCUGGCAGGACCAGGCCUUCAUCACCCCAGUCAACGUGGUCUUUGUCUACCUGCUGUGCCGGGAGGUGAUUGACGGGGAUUCGGUCUCCAGCGAGCACAACCUGCAGGCGGUGCUGCUCACCUGCCUCUAUCUGUCCUACUCCUACAUGGGCAACGAGAUCUCCUACCCGCUCAAGCCCUUCCUGGUGGAGGCGGCGAAGGACGCCUUCUGGGACCGGUGCCUUCGCAUCAUCAACGCCAUGAGUGGCAAGAUGCUCCGGAUCAACGCUGACCCCCACUACUUCACCCAGGUCUUUGCCGACCUCAAAAACGAAGGCAGCACCCGCGAGGACUUUGCUCGCGUCCUGGACCGGUGACUGGCUCAGGGCAUAAAGGACCAACUGGCCCCCUCCCCACCAACCUCAUGUGCAGCGCAGCCCUCGCCUUGCUGUGACCUUUAAAGAUCAGCUUGCAGCGAGCUAGGGAUUUUCCUCUGACUCGCCUGGGCCCGAUCUCCCCUGAGCCAGGCCAGACUCAUCCAAACACUUACAAGAACUCUGGCUUGGCUGCCCCUCCUCCCGUGCCAUGAGCCAACAAUGGGGGGUGUCUGUGUGCAGUGUAGGGGAGGCAGCCUUCAGCUCCGGUGUCUGUGUCAGAGACAGACGAGGAGCAGCCAAAGGCCAAUAGUUUGAUUCCCUUUUAAUAGGCCAAGAAGUGCCUGUGGGUUCCCUCCUCCCCCUCCCCACCCCCGAGUGCCAUAUUCAUGGCUUGUUAAUUUCUUCUUAUUUCGGGUUUGCUUGAGAUGCAUUGCAAAGCGAUGGGGAAAAUUCCAGGGAAGAUCUCAAAUAGCCACGUGAUGCACGCUUUAGCUUCGGCCGGCGAUGUGCUUAUACAGGUGAAUUCUCCUUUCGGACUAGCCCUGUCCUGCUUAGAAAACCUCCCGCCCCCUCCUUGCCAGACGCCGGUGCAUUGUACAGUCGGAUAGUGCCAGUCACUCCGGAGCCUUCCUCUCUGUACCUAUCUGACCUCUGCAGCCGGGAAUCGGCGCUGGCUGGUGGCUCUGCCUGAUGCCUGGGACAGGUAGCUGAUGUCCCCUCCUAAGGAAUCUCCAGGUGCGUAGGGGUGCGGAGGAAGUGGGCCCAGGCUAUAGAUGGAGGGUACUGGUAGCUGGAUUGGCCUCUGCAUGCUUUGAUUGGCCUAGGCAUGAGGAGCCACAGCUGGAAGUGUUUGAACAGGCCGUGGCUGCCCCUAUCUUUUGAAGCAGCCAGGUCCCCAAGGUGUUGUGUGAUGUGAGCAGGGGAUGGAGGAGCUGAGAGAUGGCUGGC